AUGCGUGUCUCAACUCUCGGGUUCGCUCUCUGGGCCUUGGCAGUCCUUGCUCGUCCUCAGACUCCAGGUCAAACGCUCACGGGAACUGUCGGUAAUGAUACCAUCGCUGGAAGUUCCUCGGGGCCUGAUAAGAAUGGCAAAUAUGAGAUCAGUGGAAUCGGCAUUCGGGCGGAUUUCAUUGCCUAUGGUGCUUCGAUCUCGAAUCUGUUCCUGAACGACUCGGCUGGCGUGGAGCGCGAUGUCGUCGGUGGUUUCGACAAUGCUUCGUAUUACAGUGUCGAUCGCCAGCAUCCUCAUUUUGGCGGAGUGCCUGGUCGGUAUGCGAAUCGGAUCAAGAACUCGAGUUUUGUGAUUGAUGGCACGACUUAUAAUAUUCUGCCAAAUGACAACCCGCUGCCACCUGACCACCCCGAAGGAGUUGAUACGCUCCAUGGCGGACCCAAUGGCUGGGACUGGAGAAAUUGGACCGUGGUUGCCCACACGAGCAAUAGCAUUACCUUUAGCAUCACGGAUCAAGAUGGCGAUCAGGGUUUCCCUGGUGAGGUGGUUAGCUAUGUGACAUACACUCUGGGCAACAUGACGUGGGAUAUCAGGAUGGUGGCAUUGGCCACCACAAAAGUCACCCCGAUCAUGCUCUCAUCUCAUACCUAUUGGAAUCUCGACGGCUUCGCCAACAAUAACACUGCGACUGCCCUAAACCACUCAUUGUGGCUCCCCUAUAGCGGCGAACGUGUCGGUGUGGAUAGUAUUCUCAUUCCCACGGGUGACAUUCUCUCCAACCAACCUGGCUCAGUCAAUGACUUCUGGAGCACCCCAAAGCAAAUCGGCGCCAACUUCAGUAACCCGGAUCUCCUCGGCAACUGCGGUGAGAACUGCACUGGCUAUGAUAACUGCUACGUCAAUAAUCUUCGUCACGAAGGCACCUAUGAUUGGCGUGAGCAGGAAGUACCAGUUGCCCGCCUGCGAAGCGCUUGGUCCGGUAUCCAGCUCGAUGUCUUCACCGAUCAGGAUGCAUUCCAGGUGUAUUCCUGUGGUGGACAAAAUGGAUCCAUGGCUCUGAAGAACACACAGGGACUUUCCGAUGUUAGCGACCGGCCAAGAACGAUCCAGCAGUACGGAUGUGUAGUAUUGGAAGUUCAGGACUACAUCGACGGUAUUAAUCAACCACAGUGGGGAAGAGGGAAGAAACAGAUAUUUGAACCCGGAGGAGAUCCCUAUGUUUUGCAGGCGAGUUAUCGUUUUAGCUUGAACGACACUAUGAUGGGCCUAUUGGGACCUGGCUCUGGUUAG